CACAUAUUUUCAUAACAAAUAAAAACACAAACACAAAAGACUUUUCCAUCAAUAAUUAUUUUUUAGUUAAUAAAAAAAAUAGUAAAUAAUGUCGGAAAAAGGAGUAAGUGAAGAUGCACAAGCAAAUGGUGAUCAAAGUUUGCAGGCGAUAUUUUCCAAGGGCUGGGAAGGGUUCGAGGAAUUAGAGGAAACUUCUCUACCAUUCAACUCGGCAGAAUAUCAACGCAAAGUCAAAGAGACUAUGAAGAAAUUUGAAGAAGCCACAACUAUUGUAAAUCAGAUUGGUCUAUUCAGUCCCAAUGAGCUUAUCGAUGAAGUUUCUACUGAUUCGUUGCAAUACCUGAUGCUUCCCUUCUAUUUGGGUAAAAUAGCACUAAAACUACAACAUGAAAGUCGUGGUGAAGUACUCCAAAUUGCUGAAGUAUACUUCAAAGAUUUUUUACAGCGUUGUCAAGAAUAUGAGCUAUGUGACGAGUAUAAAAAGAAUGCAGUUGGAGCAGCAGAAGGUAGUAAUACAGAUGAAUUAGCGCAACUAAUGCGUGCAGCGCAUGCCCGCAACGACAAAAUUGCACAAUUCAGAAAAAAGAAAGAGUUGGAUGAAUUUGUAAGGAAAAUGAAACUUGCUGUGCGCAAUAAAAGUGUUGAUGACGAAGUACGUAGAGAAUUUUUCUUAAAACUACUCAAUAAAAGUAUUAUCGAUGCCACCGAAGAAUUGGAUAGCAUUCAAUUAGAAAAACAAAUGGUAGAAAUGCGUACAAUGCAUGGUUCAGCCGGUGCACAAUCUAAUGAGCAUUUCGAUAAAGUCAAAGCAAUAUCUACUUCAGACGCAGCUGGACAUUCACAUCAUCAUCACCAUCAUCUUUCACAACAGAAGAAAAAACCUAUGCAACCUUUCAUUAUUACACGUAACUCUGCACAAAAGGCGGUAUUCGGUGCAGGCUAUCCAAGUUUGCCGGUAAUGACAGUCGAUGAGUUUUACGAUCAACGUGUACGGGAAGGAGUUUUCCCUGAUGAAGAGAAGGUAGCCAAAAUGAAUCGAGAACAAGCAAUAGCCGCUGCACAAGAUCCCAAUGAGAAGGAGGAUCAAGAAAAGGCUGUUGAAGAGAUUCAAGUUGAGAAUGAUGAUCCAGAAUAUUUAGCACGUAUGCGCCGCAUGGAUGAAUACAAAGAUGUUGUACGUCGUGGUGACGGCAACCGUUAUAAUCGCAGUUAAAUCACCGCUCAUAUUUAUUUAUUAUGAAUGUGUAACAAAAUAAAAGCACGUUUCCUUGUUCUUUUAGGACGACUUCGAUGAUUUCAUAUAAAUAAAAAUAUAAAAGUUUUCAAACAAUUUUUAAUUCAUAAAAGUUUGGUAACUAAAUCGCUGUCUUACAUAGUAAUUAUAUUCGGACUUAAUAAAAUAAACUGUAUUUGUGAUUGGUCUGAUUUUUAACAAGUUUUUGGCGACUUUGCUAUUUAUUAGUUUCCUUUGAGAAUAACUUGGUUCAAGAAAAUUGAGAUGGUACACAACAAAUGUGAAAAAUUUAGUCACUUUCAUUUAUUAAUUAAUUAGUUCUGUUUUAUAUAUCAACAACAUCUAUAUUUGAAUAUUAUAAAUGUAAAUAUUGUAUAUCAAGAAAUGCCAAAAAGUUGUGUGUGUAUAAACAUUAAUGGAUAUAUUUGGCACACAGGUCACAUUAUCACGUUAUAUCUGCGUAUCUUAUGUUAAAUAUUAAUGAAAUUGAGCAAUUACCUAUAAGUAUACCUAUAUUGUACAUUUAGCCACAUUGUAUGUAUGUGUAUAGUUUUACACUCAUAGCAACUGCAGGAUUGACAUGUUUUCUGAACAUUUUCUUGAACACACAUAUAAUAUUGUUCAGGCUAAAUUUAUGUAUACAGUGUAAAGUAUUAACGAAACACAAAAAAACACAUAUUAAUAAUAUUUAACA